UUCGCCUCCCCCUUCUUCCUCUCUCUCCACUGUCAGCCUCAGCAGUCUCUUACACGGGAGCUAGACACUGGUUCAUCACUGAUUCAUACACGCACGUGUGUGUGUUUCUUGGGGGUGUUGGGUUUCUUGUGUGUGUAAGUGUGUGAGUGUGUGAGCUGAUCUGCGUAAAAGGAUGUGCAUGUGAGCAUCUCUGGAGCAGUGUUUCGUAUGAAGGGGCAUGUGUGCCGCGUGAAAGACUAGUGCAAGGAUGUACGGUGGGCAGGUGGUGUUGUGAUUGCCGGAGUUUUUGGUGUACAGUCGCUGUGCUCUGCCUCCCCUUUCUUCCUAUUCGGCGGUACCCUGUGAGGGCACAAAGCAUCCGGCUGGGAUGUCCACCUCGCCUGGUGCAGCCGACGGGAGCCAAAGGAACUCUUUGGAGCUGGAUGCAGAGCACCCACAGAGAGUCCCUGGGGCAGAGCAGGGAGUGGUCCCACCUCCACAGGUCAAGCUGAAAGAGAGGCAGAAGUUCUUCGAGGAGGCUUUCCAGCAAGACAUGGAACAGUACUUGUCCACCGGCUACCUGCAGAUUGCUGAGAGGAGAGAGCCGUUAGGAAGCAUGUCGUCCAUGGAGGUGAACGUGGACAUGCUGGAGCAGAUGGACCUAAUGGACAUGUCUGACCACGAGGCCCUGGAUGUGUUUCUUCACUCGGGGGCAGAGGACAACAGCGCCGCCUCACCGGUCACAGGGCCAGAUGUGGAGUCUUUCACCACAGAGAUCACUCUCCAGGUUCCCACGCAGGCCGAGCUUCGCCACAAGCUUUCUUCCCUUUCGUCCACCUGCACCGACUCGGCCAGCCAGGACACGGAGGCCGGGGAGGAAGAGGAGGAGGGGGAGGAUGAGGAGGAGCAGUCCGAACAGGGAGGAGAUGGCGUUGGAGGACCAGGGCGAGGAGGACGAAGGAGAGGGCCACCAGUGGUCGUGACCCUGGAUGAGGAGGAGGUGCACGCAGACACGGCGUUGGUGGACAGGGUGGACCAUGAGGACCAGGCGAGCACAGACUGCUGUGAGGAGAGCAGGUUGAAGGUUUGAGAAGAGAACUGGGCUGGAUUUUUAACACAAACACACAAAGCUGCCAAAUCAGAUAGAUAUAUAACAACACUGGCUUUACUUUCUCUCCAAUCGACGCAUCCCUUUUAUAUAAAUCAUAUGAAAGAAAUACGAUGAGGCUGCACUAACUGCCACAUGACCUUGCCUUGUAAGACUACAGAGUUUUUACAGUACAGUCACAAUAAGGUAUUGGUAUGGUGAUCAUUUUGUAAUAAGGAAGUUAUAUUAUGGUAAAACAGUCGUCUAUAGUAAAUAAGGUUGGUAAUAACAAUGGAAAAUGUGUGCGGGACAUAAAGGAGGAUGGAUUUCAACUUUUUUCACAAACAUUUUCAUGUAUCUAUUCUAUUUCUAUUAUCUAAACAUUUCUUUGGUAUGACUUGAAUGUUCACACUGUGGGGGUUUAAAAAAAGCAUUAGAAUAAAGUGGUAUUACCAUAAUGUCACCUCCCAAUUACAAAAUGAUCGCUAUACUGUUACCCAUGCUGUUACUGAGCAGUCGUUUUAGAAUGGUUUGGGUUUUAAGCGUCAGACGACUGAGCGGCUUCACGUGCACAUGGAUAGUUUGGCAUUAGAGAAUCAGAGAACGGUCCGAUUAUACUAAAUGAUAAAUAUAGGUGAUUGGGAUCGACACAUUAAAAUCAUCCACACGUCCUCGCUCUGUGCCAACACGUCA